CAGCAGGUAUUACUGUCAGCUGACAACACCGGUUAAGUGUAUAAAGCGUUUUUCCUCGCGAUGCUGAAAAACAAAGCCGUUGAUACUUCUCAGGCUGAACUUGUACAUGUUUUGUCAGUUGUAAUGUAUGACAUAACUGCACAGUUUGUCGGUGGCGAUUAUCUAUGAAGUGUUUGAUUAUUUGAUUAUCGUUUGCGAGAGGAGACACUAUGGAUGAUUAUGAGGAGACCAGACCACUGUUGGUCAACGAUGAGCAGACAGAAGAGGACAGAGCAGAGCAGGACUCAUAUCUGGAUAAAGUUAAGAAUGGGAAGCUGUACAUUGCCACAUUCGCAGCAGUUCUGGGACCCCUGAGUUUCGGGUUUGUCCUGGGUUACAGCUCUCCUGCCAUACCUGAACUCGGCAUAAUCCAAGACCCAAGACUGCAGCUCAGCAAAGACGAAGCAUCCUGGUUUGGGUCUGUGGUGACCCUUGGUGCAGCUCUUGGGGGUCUCCUUGGAGGAUGGAUUGUCGAGAAGAUUGGACGAAAAUUGAGCCUUAUGUUUUGUGCGUUACCCUUCAUCUGUGGGUUUACCAUCAUUAUCGCUGCUCAGAACCACUGGAUGUUAUAUGUGGGCAGAGUGCUCACUGGUCUGGCCAGUGGAGUCACUUCUCUUGUUGUACCUCUCUACAUCUCUGAAACGGCUCAUGAGCGUGUUAGAGGAACCAUGGGCUCGUGCGUGCAACUUAUGGUUGUAAUAGGCAUUAUGGGAGCCUAUAUAGCAGGUUUGUUCCUGGACUGGCGAUGGUUAGCAAUUGCAUCCUCUAUCCCUCCCACACUAAUGCUGGUGUUUAUGUGCUUCAUGCCGGAGACUCCACGAUUCCUGCUCUCCCAAGGGAAAAGGAGAGAGGCAGAGGAGGCCCUGCGCUUCUUCAGGGGUCCUGAUGCCCCAGCAGAGUGGGAGUGUGCUAAAAUAGAAGAGGCCUACAAAAAUGAAGAGCAAAGCUUCAGCCUGGCGGAUCUAAAGGACCCUGGUGUCUUUAAGCCUUUAGGCAUAGGCAUUAUGAUGAUGCUUCUCCAGCAAUUAACCGGCAUUAAUGCCAUCAUGUUUUACGCAGAGACAAUCUUCGAGCAGGCCCAUUUCAAAAACAGCGAUGUGGCCACUGUUAUUGUUGCAGCCACACAGGUGGUCUUCACUGCAAUUGCUGCUGCUAUCAUGGACAAGGCUGGGCGAAAAAUUCUCCUCAUCUUGUCUGGUGUCACCAUGUGUGUUAGUGAAGCAGUGUUUGGAGUAUAUUUCAAGUUGACUGUGAAUCAUAACAACUCCUCACUGACGAGUGUACUAACAGACGCCCAGGGUUCUCUGGCAGAGCAGCCUCCUACAGACCUGGCCUGGCUGGCUGUGGGAAGCAUGGGCCUUUUCAUUGCAGGUUUUGCUCUUGGUUGGGGUCCUACUCCUUGGCUGGUGAUGUCUGAGAUUUUUCCUACCCGAGUGAGAGGACUGGGCAGUGCUCUGUGUGUGCUUACCAACUGGACCUGUGCCUUCAUUGUCACCAAGACCUUCCAGAACCUCAUGGAUGCUAUAACCAGCGCAGGGACAUUCUGGAUGUUCUCUGCACUCUGUGCUCUCAAUGUCAUCUUCACUGCUAUUUUUGUCCCUGAGACCAAAGGCAAAACUCUGGAGGAGAUUCAAGCCCAUUUUAAGGGGACUUAUCAGCGCUAGACAAGGGUUUCCUUCAUGACAAUACCAACAUUUUAAACAAACUAGUUGCAUUGAGAAUAUAAUGUGCAAAUUAAUGAAUAGGUUCUCAGACCAAAUAUGUGUUUGAAAGAUUCUUUUAAUGUGAUUUAUCAUUGAAUUAGCACAAAUUCUGGCUGAUGUGACAUGGUUUCAGGCAGUGUUCACAAUUUUCUUUUUAUAUGACUGUUGUUUUUGUUGAAUUUAAAAUGCAUGGUUACUAAAUAACUUUAUUGUUUGCUUUCGUUCCGAAAGUAGGCAAAAUUAAACUGAAGUCUCAAAGCUGAAGUCAUAUGUUGAAAUGUGGUACUAAGUCAGUGAAGUAUUACACCUUGUUUUGUAAUAUUGACAUGGAUGAUGAAUUAUGUGCCAAAUGAAGUGAUAUACCAAAUACAAGUUUAUUAAAGAUUAAUUAUGUAAAACUGUUUUUCUAAUAUGCUAAUGACUAGGGCUUCAGAUAAGAUGAUGAACUAUCCCAACAUUCUAAAUAUAUAUCACAUGACUGUUAUUUUUCAUAAUAAAUUACUUUUAUCAAAA